CUUGAGACCGACCUCUCUAGUAUUUAGAAUGUCAGAAGGGUUACUAUGUUACGUUUAUUUUAAAUUUUGAGAUUGAAAAAUACAUGCAUCAUAGCUGCUGAGAUAAAGUUUUACUGCGUCAAAAAUCAUGUUCAUGGCGCUCCCACGUAGGUUUGCUAGCAGCGCCAACUUCUGAGGAUAUAGCUUGACAUGUUGGAGGAAGCUUAUUCUUGUACAGUUGAUGAUGUCUUAAAGCACUACAAUACGAACACUGAAACUGGUCUAACUAAAAAGCAGAUUGAAUCCGCUUUGAAGGAGUAUGGCUACAAUGAGUUACCACCGGAAGAAAACAAGCCUCUUUGGAAAUUGGUACUUGAACAGUUCGACGACCUCUUGGUCAAAAUUCUCUUACUAGCAGCUGUUAUCUCAUUUGUCUUGGCCUGGUUUGAAGAUAGCGAAGACGCGACUACUGCGUUUGUCGAGCCAGUUGUCAUAAUGCUCAUAUUAAUCGUGAAUGCAAUCGUUGGUGUUUGGCAAGAACGUAACGCUGAGUCAGCCAUAGAAGCCUUAAAAGAAUAUGAGUCAGAUACUGCAAAGGUUAUUCGUCAGGGUUAUCAAGGUGUGCAGAGUGUGAAAGCCCGUGAAUUAGUGCCUGGAGACAUUGUGGAAGUUGCUGUUGGAGAUCGGGUUCCAGCGGAUAUUAGAAUCGUUAAAAUCUUGUCCACAACACUUCUCAUUGAUCAGUCUAUCUUAACUGGUGAAUCAGUAUCAGUUUCAAAGCACAGUGACCCUAUAUCCCAGGCUCGAGCUGUCAAUCAAGACAAAAAGAAUAUGCUAUUUAGCGGUACAAAUGUAGCCUCCGGAAAAUGUGUUGGAGUAGUAGUCGGGACCGGACUUUCAACAGAAAUAGGCAAAAUUCGUGAUCAAAUCAUGCAUACAGAACAAGACAAGACUCCUCUCGGGCAGAAAAUAGAUGAAUUUGGAACACAGUUAUCAAAGGUCAUAACACUCAUAUGUAUUGCUGUAUGGUGCAUUAACAUUGGCCAUUUUAACGACCCAGUGCAUGGUGGUUCUUGGCUCAGAGGUGCUGUUUACUACUUUAAAAUUGCAGUCGCGCUUGCCGUAGCGGCGAUUCCAGAAGGUCUACCGGCUGUUAUCACAACGUGUCUAGCUUUGGGGACCCGUCGAAUGGCUCGCAAAAAUGCUAUUGUCCGAUCAUUACCAAGUGUUGAAACUCUUGGGUGUACAACAGUGAUUUGUUCUGACAAAACCGGUACCCUUACAACCAACCAAAUGACUGUUUGCCGAAUGUUCACUUUCUGUAACGAGAGUCGGGUCGGUGAUGCUUCGCAGCUAAAAUUUGAUGAGUUUGAAAUUACGGGUUCUAAAUAUGCUCCAGAAGGAAAUGUGCACCAUCAAGGACGAAAAAUAGACUGUUCUGAAUAUCCUUGUCUUGUAGAACUUGCGCAAAUAUGUUCUUUGUGCAAUGACUCGUCUGUGGAAUACAGUGAAUCUCGGCAUGCAUAUGAAAAAGUGGGUGAAGCGACUGAGACUGCAUUGGUCUGCUUGGUUGAGAAAAUGAAUGUCACAAAAGUCUCUAAAUCAAAUCUUACUAAUCACCAGCUUGCAAUGAUUUGUAAUCGCGAUAUCCAGAAAAUGUAUGAAAGAAAAUUUACUCUUGAGUUUUCUCGGGAUAGGAAGUCAAUGUCUACGUAUGUCAUCCCUCGAAGUCAAAUUCCUGGCUCUAAAGAAAAGCUCUUUGUUAAGGGCGCCCCGGAGUCCAUAUUGGAUAGAUGCACUCAUGUACGCACCACAGGCGGCAAAUUAUUGUUAACGUCUGAGCUAAAGGGCGAAGUACUUCGAAAAAUAGCUACCUACGCCACUGGACGUGAAACUCUUCGUUGCUUGGCUUUAGCUACAAGAGAUGAACCACCUUCAUACUCUCACUUUGAUUUAAAAGAUCCAAAGAAUUUCAAGGAUUAUGAGACUGAAUUAACUCUUGUGGGUGUUGUUGGUAUGGUGGACCCGCCACGUUGUGAGGUUGCUAGCAGUAUCCAAGCUUGUAAAAAGGCUGGCAUCCGUGUUAUUGUUAUUACAGGCGAUAAUAAAGCAACUGCCGAAGCUAUAUGCCGUCGUAUAGGAUUGUUUGAAGAUAAAGAAGAUACUUGUGGAAAGUCCUUCACGGGACGAGAAUUCGAUGACCUCAGUUUAGACAAGAAAAAGGAUGCUGUACGCAACGGGAAGUUGUUUGCUCGUGUUGAACCCGCCCAUAAAAGUCUAAUAGUACAAUUCCUACAGCAGGAUGGUGAAGUAUCUGCGAUGACUGGAGAUGGUGUUAAUGACGCUCCUGCACUAAAGAAGGCGGAAAUUGGGAUUGCUAUGGGAAGUGGUACUGCCGUUGCCAAAUCUGCUUCUGACAUGGUACUAGCAGAUGAUAAUUUUAGCACAAUUGUUGCGGCCGUUGAAGAAGGCCGAGCUAUAUAUGAUAACAUGAAACAGUUUAUCCGUUACCUUAUUUCGUCUAACAUCGGCGAAGUUGUCUGCAUUUUCUUGACUGCUGCUCUUGGAAUGCCUGAGGCUUUGAUUCCUGUACAAUUACUCUGGGUUAACUUAGUGACUGAUGGUUUACCUGCUACAGCCUUAGGAUUUAAUCCUCCUGAUGUUGAUAUAAUGACUAAACCACCACGUAAAAGCAAAGAACCAUUGAUUUCCGGUUGGCUAUUUCUUCGAUACAUGUUGAUAGGCAUCUAUGUUGGGUGUGCAACAGUUGGAGCAGCAGCCUGGUGGUUCAUGGUCUAUGAGGGCGGUCCCAAAGUGAACUAUUAUCAGCUGACACAUCAUUUGCAAUGCCAGUUGGAACCAUCUAUGUUCAAAGGAGUUAAUUGUAGCGUAUUCGCCAGUCCAAAACCUAUGACAAUGGCAUUGUCUGUGUUGGUUUUGAUUGAGAUGUUUAACGCAUUGAACAGCCUUUCUGAGAAUCAGUCGCUUCUGGUCAUGCCUCCUUGGCAUAAUAUGUGGCUUAUCGCUGCGAUCUGCUUUAGUAUGGCACUACACUUUGCAAUCUUGUACAUAAACGUACUAGCGAAUAUAUUCCAAAUAGCUGCACUGAAUAUCGCGGAGUGGUUCGCUGUAUUGAAAAUCUCCAUACCUGUACUUUUAUUGGAUGAAACACAAAAAGCUAUUGUUCGUUCUACCCAAAGAGGUCAUAGUCCACUUUACCACAUAGCGAUACCAAUGGUGAUGUGGUGCGUAUAUUCUGCUUUUCUCGGUUUCAACCCUUUGUGAUUAUCAAGUUGUUUGUUCACUUUUUUGGAUCGACUACCUUAAAUCAUGGAGUCGGUGUGUAAACAUUCUCAUGUGAUCUCCACCUCGAUUAUUCUCUUGAUGUUUCAUUUGUCUCCAGGAUAUUAAUCCAUACAGACCAUGCUUCUAAAUAAUUCCUAUCUCACAUCCAUUUACUGUUUAUUUCAGACUGAUAGAAUAUAAUAUUUCAGGGGUUGUCCUUUUUUAUUCUUAGUUACUGGUUGUAUCAAUGCUCAUUAUCUUCAAAUUGUCGUUUAUUUAUUCAUGUCAUAUUCAUGUAUAAAAGCAUUCAUGUGUGUUUAUCGUUUUACAUAUCUUAGUUAUCUGUUCUAUAUUGAUGAUAUGCAUUAAGUAGUUGGGCUACUACAUUCGUUUUGCUUGAAGCGUUAAAAAAUUAUAUAAAAAUUAGUUUAUCAUAAAUUGUAUAUAAUAUAUCUAAUUGUUAACAAAUUAAAACCUUCAGAAAGGAGGGGAUUCUUUAAAACUUCACCAAUCGUUGCCUUAACUUUUGUUUUGACACCGACUUAGUUGUUUUCCGAGUGUCAGUUUCUUACAGAUAUUAAGAUUUCUGUCAGAAUAUUUCUUAGGUAUUUAGGGAUAACUUUUGACAUUGAAAGUAUUUUUGAAUAUGCAAGGAAGUCAUCGUUAUCCCGCUGUGCUGAUAGCAUUUGGCUUGAUGUUUCGUUAUAAUGCGGUUUUAUUAAGUGAACUUCCGUGUAUUGUUGAGUAUGUAUGAAAGUUACAAGGAGUCUUAUCGAUAAUACUCCCAGUAUCCUUCAGAUAUUCUCAUUCGUUUUGCGAUGCCACCAACCAUCUGAUCUAUCAUUGAAAACAUUUGGUUCUUACACGAAAAUACAGAUAUUGUUGAUUAUUAAAGUGUUUUCACAAGUAAACGGCGCUGAGAAAGAUACAAUAACGUGAAAAUGUCUGAUUUUCUAUAUUCAUGAAAUAUUUGAAGCGAUAAUCAAACCAAAGGCUAUAUGUGAGUGCAAAUCCAUUUCUAUUUAACAUUAAGUAGACCGAAUGAUAAUUUUAUUGAACUGGUUUAAAUUACGGCGGUUAAUAUUCCUUCCUCUUAAAGUGUUUUCAACACUGUUUGUACCGAUUACUUCUUGAGUUCAUGGUACUAUGCAGUUUAAACUCUGGAUUACUUAAUAUAUUGAUCUUCAAAACAGAUGUAUGGUUCAUAAUUGUUUUUUGUAAUAUCUAUAGGCGGCCAUACUCUAGGUUACUGUGAACAGUAUAUUUUGCUCUUUCAACUAACACUAAUUGUAUUCAAUAGUGAAUUCAUUUUGUUCACAAAAAGAUUCUGCUGCUGAACAUUCAUUAAAUGUUUUCAUCUAAUACUUUUUGGCAAAUAUGUUUAGUUUUUCUGUAAAAUGAACGUAAUUUGACCUACUUUAGUCAAGAAAGAAACAAACCUACAUUUCUUAGUUUCAACUAUACUUGCUCAUUUAAACGGUAUUUUAUAUUGUUUUGGUUACUUGUUUUAACUAGUGAUUGAUUAGAGCUUGUUUAUUAACGACGAAAACCCAACGAACAGUACACUCAAUUCAUUCACUUCAGUCUUAAUAGUAGUUGCCUGACAAAGUUUUAACUUACAACCAUUGUAAGCUAGUAGUUGAGAGGUUUAGUUUCAUUUGAUCUCAGAUUUAACACAACCAAUCAUAAAACUUUCAUUUGCUAACAUAACUCAAAUAUAAUGACUUGUUACUAGCAUAGACUAAGCAAGUCUGUUUCUUCCAGGUAGCUAAAGUUAGUUGUGUGCUGCUCAUCAGAACAAACUUCAACAAUAGUGAGUAAUGGUCCAAUAGCAUGAUAAUAGUUGUAAGAUCCAUUUUGAAGGCGUUGUUUAGGAAAAUCCUUCGAGGGAUACACUUGUGAUAUGUCCCUCUUGAUUCUUUCAGAUAUGCAUUUUGUUGAUACUUUCGAUUCCAUUCGAGAUAGUACUAUUUGUAUUUUAUUGUAGUUUGGUUUUCCUUGCACCUUCACCGAAUUUUCAUGUUUUCCCUGAACUUCAUUUAUGUUGUUUUAGUUGAUACUUAGCCAUGGCGGACGUUAUAUUGAUUCGCUUUUUUGACUGCGUUGCUUGCAUUGAUUGGGAAUGUAUACUGAAAAAUUCUUCCAGAAUUUGAAAUACUCCGUGUUAUAACGUAGUUCAAUAUUAUCUUUCGAACAAUCUGUACGUGGUCUAUCCAGAAAGGGUAGAAUAAGAUUUAUUGGUUGCACUUGGCAAUUCUCUUACAUCCUUUAUCAACUAAUCUAUUUAAUGUAAUUUAGAUUUGACUACUGAUUGAGCAAUUAUUGGCUGAAUAAUCGGGUGGUAAUAUUUGUUUAGGUAAUACUGUACGUUUAUAGUUAUAAUGAAAUCUAGAACCGUCAUUUAUCCAAAUAUAAAUUAACCUGGACAGUUAUUCUUCCAAAGUUAGUUUGGAAUCUACAGUAGUAACACGAACCCUCCUUCCGGUAGUGAUUUUCUUAGUUCCCAUGAUAGGAUACUUAAAAUGGUAUUCCUGAUCUUCCGUAAGUCUUAACAGCCAUAAAUAAGUAUAUAUCAAAUUUACUAUGCACUUCAUUAGAAAUAUGUGGUGAUUGCCGGUGAAACGAUUUGAAAUUCUCAUUAAGUUACUUUUGAAACGAUCAAUAUUGUAAGAAAAAUAAUCCACUGUUUACUCUAGUUGUCUGAGAAUAAGCGAUUACGUGGCUUCAGAUGCAAAAUCAAAUCUAAAUAAGUCUUCAUAGCGCCGGAACCAAUUGUCAAAUGUAAAAUUGGCAUCGGGAUCUUACCGCUUGCAAUGCUGUCAACUGACGGUGGAGUAGAAGAAUGAGAAGUGCUCGGUUGUGUGGUAGGCGUAAUUGUCGUUUCUGCUAAUAUAUGGAUAAGUUUUAGUUGCUAUCCCAACAGUAACUCCACUUCUGAAGGAACCUUGUGUCAUAACUUGUGGCCUGUUAAUGUAAACGUAACGAUACCGCCAAUCAGAGAUCGGUGAAUUAUCGAUCGGACCAAUGACGCGUAAAACACGUGCGAGCAGUCCAGAGUUAUGCUAUCCGCCUAGCCCAGCCAUUUAAGUCCAGAACAUAAAUCUCAGCCUCUGCAAUAUGAAUUAUUUAU